GAGCUGCUUAAGUUGUCAUCAUGGCGGCGCCGACUGAGCAGUUGGAUUAUGUCUCUUUUGGGACUCCUUUGGAGCUACUUUCUGAAGACGAGCCUCUUAAAAGACCGGUUCCACUACAAGAGCAGACAGUCAAAGAUGACAGAGGAAGAAUCAAGCGUUUUCAUGGAGCUUUCACUGGAGGCUUUUCAGCAGGCUAUUUUAAUACUGUGGGAUCAAAAGAAGGUUGGGCACCAUCACAGUUUAUUUCAUCUCGACAACAAAAAGCAGAAAAACAAGUUUUUCAGCCAGAGGAUUUUAUGGACGAAGAGGAUCUUGCUGAGCAUGGAAUCGCUCCAAGGGAAAUUAUGACUACAGAUGACUUUGCAUCUUUAACCAAAAACCAAAUUCGGAGUAAAGCACAAGCUUUAUCUGUGUUGGCAGCCCCAAUACCUGGAGCCACUGUCCUAGAGGACCUUAUAGCUGCUUCUAGAAUAUCAAUUGGUGUUAAGUUACUGCGGAAAAUGGGAUGGAAAGAAGGACAAGGCAUAGGGCCCCGAGUAAAGCGGAAGCUUCAGAGGCAGAGAAAUGGCGCUGGACUGAGGUUAUAUGGAUGUUCCUUGCCCCCAGAAGAAUCUGAUAAAUCUGAGGAGGAAGAUGAUGCGUAUAUUCCUGAAAAUGUGACUUUUGCUCCCAAAGAUGUCACACCAAUAGAUUUCACACCAAAGGACAAUCUCCAUGGUCUGGGUUAUAGUGGAAUAGAUCCUGGCAAGGCGUUAAUUGGAGGUGUGUUAGAAGAGCACAUACAUCUGUUCAGUGUGGAAUCAGAAAGGACUAGUAACCUGCUGGGCAGUGAAGGUUAUUCUACUACAAGGAAGAUUGGUGUAUCAGGCCAGGCAUUUGGUGUAGGAGUAUUGGAGGAGGAGGAUGAUGACAUCUAUGGUACAGAAUCCCUUUCUCGGUAUGACACAGUCAUUGGUGAAGAAGAACCUGGAGAUUGCAUGUAUGGCUGGUCUGCGCCAUAUGAAUAUUCAAAGAAAAAUGCAGAAUUUAUUAAGGACAUUGCAUACGCUGGAAAAAUUCUGGAAGGAUUUACAAAACCUUCUAAAUCAUUAUCCAUCAAAAAAAUCUACCUACCUCCUGAGCUACCCAGGGAUUAUAAACCAGUUCAUUAUUGCCAUCCUGUAAUGUCCACAAGCAACACCAGUUAUCAAAAGUCAUCAGAUCUAAUGACUUCAUGCAGACAAAUGGAACGGGCUGCUCUUCAAAAUAGCAGACAUCAGAUGAAUGCAGUCUUGAGGAGAAAUCUAAUUGAAGAACCCACUCUACCAGGCCCAUCCUCUGUAUUUGAUCUACUUUCUAAUGAAGCUAAAAAACGAAUAAAAGAAGUUAAGCAAGCAGUAGAACAGAAGCAAUUGUCCCAGAGUCUACCAAGCUGCAUUCAGACUGUAUCUACCGAUGAAGCUCUAAGGGCCUGGCAGAAUAUAUGUGGAAAUGAAAUAGGCACCUUUAAACCAUUUGAGAAAAUCCCUGAAAAACAAGCAAGAUAUGAGAAAUACAUUUCAAAAUUAAAGCAGGGUAGAUCAGAUGCCCUGGAAGCAAGUUUAGAUAGUCAGAUGACCGAAUGGGAGAGAGGACGAGAAAGAGAAGAGUUUGUCCGUGCAGCAAUGCUUUAUAAACCUUCAAACUCUACGUUGGCAUCUAGGUUUACACAAGGAAAACAUGAAGAUGACUCAGAAAAUGUUUAUGUUGUACCAGACCAUGAGGAUGAUUUAAAUGACAAGGAAGCAGCUGUUAAGAUGAAAAUGUUUGGACAGUUAACAAGAGAUGCAUUUGAGUGGCAUCCUGAUAAACUACUUUGCAAAAGGUUCAACAUCCCUGAUCCUUACCCUAGUUCAAGCAUUGUUGGAUUAACAAAAGUGAAAAAAGAUAAAUACUCAGUUUUCAACUUCUUAAAUGUUAUGGAGAAUACUAAACCUCACUUGAAACAAUCUCAGAGUGAUCUGUCAACAAAUCAGAAACCAGAUAAGGCAAGCAUUCCUCUGAAGUCAAACAGACAGUCCAGGUGGGAUGUUCCUGGUAAAGAAAAUGACAAAAAAGAUUCCCUUAGUGAAUUUAUCACUUUUGCCAGAAGUCAGUCUUUAAGUGAGAGACAAGGCUCCCAACCAGAUUCAAGUGAACCUGCGAUUAUCCCUAAGGAGCAAACCGCACCAACUCUGGAUGACCUAGAAGAAAAAAGACCAUCAAUGGAUUUGUUCAAAGCAAUCUUUGCUAACUCUUCUGAUGAUGAAUCUUCAUCUGAAGGUGACGGUGAUGAUGAAGACAACCAGCAAGGACAAAACAAGAGUAGCCUCAUAAAAGAUCCCACAAGUCUGAUAGAAUGCCAAGAACCUAGUAAAAAUAAAACCAAAGAAACAUUUUCAAAUCAAGAGGAAUGUCAGCCUACAAAAUCUUCUGAUACUUCAGAAAAUCUAGCAACUCAAGAGGAGUUUGGACCCAGACUUCCACCAGUUGUACCUUAUGGUACAGUAUCUUUAAGUUCUGGAUCUGUGUUCCCGGAAACAAUUAAAAGGAAAUACAAAGAGAAACAAAACAAACACAAACCAAAAAUGGAUCAUAAGCAAAAAAGAUAUAAGAAGAAAAAGAAGCAUAGGAAGCACAAACACAAAAGCAAAUCCAAGAAGAAGAUAAUAGAAGGAUGUACCAGUAGCAGUGAUUCAACAGAAAGUAGUGGGAGUGAUACAGGUGCAAGCUCAAGUGUGUUGUCUACAGAAGAGCUUCUUAAAAGGAUUAAAGUCUCCCUACAAAGACAUGAAAAGACUUGGUGACUCUGUAGCCCUGUCAGAAGACUCCUCAUCUGUGAGGAUCUUAUUGAAUUCUCUGCCUGAAGAAAUGAAAAAGUACAAUCUGAAUUUAAGUCAUCAGUUUUAAAAAUGAAUGUAUGGUUUUUAACACGGUCUUUUUGAAUACAGAAAAUGUUAUUUUGUGUGUAGAUGUAAAUAAAUGUUAAAUUACUGAAUGCUUAUUUUACUUUCAAAUAAAAAGGCAUAUUAAUCCAAAGGUGGAAUUAGAAAGUUAUAAAUAAAAUAUUAUUACUAUUAAA